UUUCUGUCAAAAUGAAAAGAACAAUUAUUGUUCGCCGUGAAUAUUUGCACUACGUCACAAAAUAUAAUCGUUAUGAAAAACGUCACAAAAAUCUUGCUGCACAUUUGUCCCCCGCCUUUGUUGGUGUCUCACCGGGCGAUACUGUUACUGUGGGCCAAUGCCGUCCUCUUUCCAAGACUGUUCGCUUCAAUGUUCUUAAGGUUCUGAAGAAAGUUCAAAAGGGACCAAAACAAUUUAGCAA